AGCAGAGCUGGGAGCCGCCAUGGCUGCAGUGGAGCCGGAGCUAAACAUUGGGGAAGGUUUGCUGGCGCUGGCCACGCUGCUCUCUGCUCCCCCGGAGGAGGAGGGGGAGGAGGGGGAGGCCUCUUCCUCGCCGGGAAGGAGCCUGGGUCCCGGGCACAUUGGGGCCCCAAAGGCGGAGGUGGGGCCCACAGCUGCUGCUCAAGUGCAAGUGAAGCCUGGAAAUAGCAAAGGGAUCUGGAGUGCAGAUGAGGUGCCAGAAGGGUCCCAAUAUGAUGAUCCCUGGGACCCCCGGGAGCAGCCUGAAUACGAAGUCCUGUUCAAGCAGCAGGUGGGGCCAGAGGACAUGUUCCUGGGCAUGAGCCGAAAGGAUCCUUCCACAGCUUGCUGCGAGGACAUGCUGAUUAAGAUCAAGCUGCCAGGCACGAAGGCUUCGGACAUCACUCUUGACAUCCAGGAAAAGGUUUUGGAUCUUCGGAGUCCCCAAAAGAAGCUCCUCCUGCACCUUCCUCACCCCGUGGAUGCCGAGAGUGGGAGGGCCUGUUUCCUCCAAGAAAAAGGGCUGCUGGAAGUCACCUUGAGGAUGAAACGGGAGCUUGAUUUCAUUAACUUUGCCUGAAGAAGAAGGGGACCAAACCCAGCAAGGAUGUGGGGCUCCAAAGGCCAAGGAAGAUCUGAAUUCGGCACUGAAGAGCAGGGCUAUUUGCAUGUCUUCUCUUCUCACCCGUCCUGCCGUGUGGCUCCUGGAUUGUCCCAGUCUAGAGUAGGGGGCACUGUGCCUUUGGGCGGCCAUUGUUCUCCCUCCCUCCCUCAACUCUGCAUUGGAAAUCUUCCUGUGUGAACUUUCAGCCUCUUGCAACCUUUGCUUCAACUCAGCUGCUGCUUUUAA